GUCUCUUGUUGUAUCCUGGCAUACAUAAUUCGCAAUUGCUUUCUCCGCUGUACAACUUUCGCGCGUUCGACCAAUUGACUUCCCCCACAUCGCUCUGUCCCGAAUACCCGCACGAGAACCAGAAAUCCAUACAAACAGAACCGUCUUCGGAGUAAUAGUUGACAAUGCCAGCCAAACACGAACAAGGCGCAAUAGAUGUCAAGCAAAAGAAUGUCCUCCACAAGCCCCUAGCCCGCCUUUCCGCACCUGCUUCCUCCUCCAAAAACCUCCCCUCCACAGUUCACGCAGGCUUCUGCACGUCAGGCUCCCCCAUCGCCGCCAUUCUCACUGCCUCCUUCCUCGACUUCUCGUCAAAACAGGGACUUGAUCUGCGCGGCGCAGGAGUCAAGGAGGGGAGCAGGUACUGCAUCGACACGGCAUUGUGGAAAAAGGCGGUCGAUGGAGGAAUAAAGGAUGUGCAGGUGAAGCUGGAAGCGAGCCAUGAGCACAAAAGUUCAAUUAGCGAAUCGCAUUUGUGGAAUUUCUUAACCGAGACUACCUCAGGCAUGAGUUCAAAAGAUUGAGUGUGCAUGCUCACGCGCGACCGACACGCAUUACCAAAGGCACAGGCAGUGCGCGGUGCGAAC